AUGUUAUAACUAGAUUUAUAAACAAAUAUAAGAUAAGAAUUGUUUAUGUUUUACUAAAAAAAUUGCCAUUUUCUAAAUAAUUCCUUUCAAAUCUAUCAGAAACUUAACAGUGCUGUCUAUUAGAAUGGGACAAUCUUAGAAUUUUAAAAUUAAUUGAUGGAUAAAUUAUACUUUAUAAUGAAGGAAAAUGUAGCUCAAUGUAUUGGUAAUAAAAUAUUAGCCUAUAAUUAAAUUCUAAUUUAGUAUUUUUAUUGUUAAAUAUAAUGUCCUAUUUAAUUGAAGUGCAUAAGUGAAUCUUUAAUUGAGUUUAUUGAUUUGAAUGAUUUUUUAGUGUUAAAUAAAAAUGUAUAACUCUAAUUUUCAGAAAUUUUGCAUGUUGAAAGACAAUCAUAAAAUUCAUUUUCAUUGUUGUGGUGA